UCUUUCUUUCCCAAGUCCACAACCAGCAGCCUACCUCCCCUCCUCCUGGUCGGCUCCGUCUAUAUAAGCCCCCGUUCCCCCUCCUCUCCCGCCCACUUCAUCAUCGCACUCUUCUUCUUCCUUCUCUCCCGCCUUCUCCUCUCGGCAGCAGCUGCCACCUAGCUCUUCAAACUCAAAUCCUACUCCCACACACUGGUCCAGCUCGCCUGCGAGCUCGAGCAGCGAUAUCCUUAUUCAGUUGAUCGAUCCACGAUCAGCGCUGAGAGAGAAAUCAAGCAGGGGAGUGAUCUCGAGAGAGAGAAAGAACCUGAUGGACAUGGCGCACGAGAGAGACGCGAGCAGCGAGGAGGAGGUGAUGGCCGGCGAGCUCCGGCGCGGGCCGUGGACGGUGGAGGAGGACCUCCUGCUGGUCAACUACGUCGCCUCGCACGGCGAGGGCCGCUGGAACUCGCUCGCCCGAUCAGCAGGGCUGAAGCGCACCGGCAAGAGCUGCCGCCUACGGUGGCUCAACUACCUCCGCCCCGACCUCCGGCGCGGCAACAUCACGCCGCAGGAGCAGCUGCUCAUCCUCGAGCUGCACUCGCGCUGGGGCAACCGCUGGUCCAAGAUCGCGCAGCAUCUCCCCGGCCGCACCGACAACGAGAUCAAGAACUACUGGCGCACGCGCGUGCAGAAGCACGCCAAGCAGCUCAAGUGCGACGUCAACAGCCAGCAGUUCAAGGACGUCAUGCGCUACCUCUGGAUGCCCCGCCUCGUCGAGCGCAUCCAGGCCGCCGCCGCCGCAGGGGCGCCGCAGCCGCAGACCGGCACCGCGGACACGCCCCUGUCGUCGUCGUGGCAGCACGGCGCCGACGACGGCCUCUACGCGUCGCCCGGCGACGCCUGCUGGCCCGCGGAGUACUACUCAGCCGCCGGCGAUCACCAGCUGUUGAACAACCCCGCCGUCCCGGAGCUGUCGAGCACCACGGCCGGGUCGUCGUCUCCGUCCUCGGACUCCGGCGCGGGGGCACAGACAUGGCUCGCACCCGUGGGUGAAGCGGAGUGGUUCACCACCGCCUGCGACGCCUCCAGCGCCGCCGUGGCCAUGCACGACACCGUCCUGGCCGGUCACCAACAGCAGCAGCAGCCGUGCCUGCUCGGGGAGACGUGGACGUCGUCGGAGCUCCCGGAGCUCGGCGUCGCGGACUUCGAGAUCGGCAGCUUCGACGUGGAGAGCAUCUGGAGCAUGGACGACAACUUGUGGUACACGCAGACGCAGGGCGUGUGAACUGAUGAAGCCAGCACGGCGGCGUGGCGCUCCACGGCAUCGGCGGUGGACACCUGCGUGUUGGAUACGAUCAACCCCCGGGGACGCCCAGAGCAGAGCUAGCUGAGAAACGGAUUAGAAGAAGGAGAGAGAUUAUUUGGAGGAUUAGAAGACGACGACGCGACGAUUAAUCUUUGUUCGGCUCAAGAUUCAGUUCUUGGACCCCUUGCCUUGCCUCCGGGACUAUUCCACUCCAGUUCUACACCGUUUCUUAUUAAUUUUAUUUUCUUGUCUUAAUCCCCUAGCGGCUAGGGUAUAUACGCAAAAAAAAAAGAAAAAGGAAAAAAAGCGUAGCUGUUGUAGUGUAAGUGUCAAGUGUUUGUACGUGGCCCGUCUAAUUUUACUCAUUCUUUUUGAGUAAAUACAUAAAUAUAUAUGAAACUGAAGUUACUGAACUAUC